UAAUUAUUUAUAUAGUUUGACGACUCUGGCGAAAUAAAAAACAACAGAAUGCCCGAUUUAGAUAUAACUCAUGAGCUUGGUGAUUAUGACAGAGUCUCGGACAUGAGCUUCUCAAACUCUACCAGUGUAUCGAACCCUGAAGCCAAGAAAUGGAUGACACGUUUUAUUGACGCUACUGAAAGUCCACAUGGUUAUGCACGUGAAACGACUUCACUUCAUUACCCUAACACAACUGAAGAACACAACAUAACUUCAUUGAAGAAUGUCAGCUCUGAUGACCACGAGAUGAUCCUUCUGCAGAAUUCCCCUUCAAAAAGUGCGCCAAACAUUAAGCGGAAGUGUAGUCCCACCAUGUCUGAAAAUAUGCGGAAAGUUCCAAAAUCUGAUCCUCAAAAUCAAAAUUGCAGCGGUCAUCUGAAAUAUUCGCCGAAAAUCGCUAAUAAAACUUCGAUAUCAGGCAACUGCUCGAUAUCCAAGUCCAUCACCGGGGAGUUAGAUGACAAAGGUCGUUUGGAAAUGGCAUCCAAGCCUGGCGACAACACCCCUUCUUCCAUCUGCGAAACUUUUCCUCCGAACAAGCGGACGCAGAUCGUUGAAAAAUAUACCAAUUCCGGCGGCGAAUCGAUUGCUACAAGAACGCUAUCAGGUGCUAUGUCGCGUUCAAAAAUUGAUUCCUCAGAGGUAAUCGGACAACUGGAAUUUCAGGACACAAAAAUGGCCGACUGUAUAAACUCUCAAGAAUCUGCCAACGCUUGUGCAACCGGUGUGGCAGAAACUUUAGAUUUUUCAAGCUCAGAAUCAUCGUGCUGUUCAACUUCAAUAAAAUCUUCAGACAUCCAGUCGCAGAAAAAAGUUGACCUCGCUGAACCACUAGUGACCAACUUCUCAAACAUUGACGCUGACCUUCGUAAAUUCAAUGUUAUUUGCCCGCCUGCAGAUAAAGUGAUCUGUUGCGCCGAAGUGACAGAAGCUGCUAAUCAAUCAGACUCCUCAACUGUAGACGCGUAUGAUGCUGAAAAACAAGAAUUUCUGAACAUUUUAGGUAGUUGCUGUGUUCCCGAAUCAGAGGCAAGUGAAAUGAACCGUUCAGAAGCUAAUGUUUUCCGGGCCAAAAAGUUUAAGUUAGGAGACAGCUCCGAUUCAAGCACCUGUGAUGCAUUUGAAGCAAGCGAUUCAAGUUCCGAAAAUGAAAAUAUAUGCUCUCGUAAUUUACCUGAAAUAUCAGAAAAUAUUAGAACAAGAAACAUUGAGUUGGAAUCCGAAGAUGAAAAUGCAUCACCUUCAAAAAAGAGCUUUAAAUCUGACCAUGAAACUGAUACAGUACCAAUCAAAAGGACCAACUUGAAGAUGCCUGUACCAAUGCUGACACCGAUCCCAGGUUCGGGUCAAACCUUGAUAGAUUGGACGGCUUACCAGCCAGCGGUUACGGACACUAGUGUCGCUGAUCCUACGUCGAUGAGGACGACCAGUGAUGUCGGAAAGCACUCGGAAAUAUCCGUUGGUCAAUGUCAAGAAUUACUAUCCGCAACACAAACUUGUACGGUCAGAGAUUGCGAAAAUAUUAUUGAUGGAUCUAAAAAGAGGCCCGAAGGUGAAGAAAGGCUACUCGACUGUGAAAAGGCUACAGAUCGAAAAUAUGUCGAAAAGACUAAAACCGAAGUUAGGAAUAUCACACCAGAAAUGCCUAUGAUCAACCCUAUUGAGAAUGAGAAGCCUUUAGAUGGGGAUUUAUCUAGUGCAGAAGUGUCCUCCACAACCACGGACGAUUUAAAUGCUGAUGAAAAUUCCGAAUUUUUAUAUGAUUCUGAAAGUGAGUUGGAUGAUGAUGAUUACGAUUAUGAUGAUUUUACCUCUGAAAGUAGUUCCGAAGAUGGCGAGGAAACUCCAGAAGAAGACAUCGUUAUGUUGGGGCUGGAAGUCUCCUCCAACAUCGGCUAUUUGGUCCCAGGCAAAGCAGUGGCCCGGAAAAUUAGGAACGUUAUCGAAGGCAAAGAAGAUACAGACCUCUAUGGGUUCGGUUUAAAUGAAUAUGCCUUUGCUUACGAUACCCGCUUCUGCAACGUUAAUUUGGGGAGAAAAGUCACCGCACUUGAGCGAAAAGUUUUGCAGCUUUUCGCAUUGAAGUCAAUUGACAUGAAAGAAGUUUUGCUACCCCAACUCCUUGCCGUUCUCAAGGAAAAUCCUGACCUACCUAUCGAAGGAAUGCAGCGGAAAUCGACUAGACUUAAGCAACUGACUAAGAAUCUCCCUGAAUGGAAGUCUGACUUCCUUAAAAAAGAUAUUAAGGAAAUGCUGGUUUAUUUGAUUGGCUUAUCAAUGUCACUGUUGCCGUCCGUGCAAUCCCCAAUAUCUCUAUCUUCUCACUGCAAUUCGCCAGCAAGAAGUACGAAUGAUGAACAUAUACAAGAAUUUGAUUCUAUCCAGGAAAAAGUAAUGUCUCUCAAGGAUGAGAAGCUCGCAAAUUCCGAAAUCACUCCGCAAGUGGACCCACUAACCAAAAACAGUCUCAGCUCAAAACAAGAGUCGAUAGCAACAUUGAUGGAAGCCAUGGAGGUAACCAAGAGCGUACCCUGCGAAGACCUCGGGCCAGAAAAAAUGACGGCUGUCAAAGAACCCCAACAACCUGAAGUUUCCACGAAUCUAAACGAUCCUUCGGACAAAACUACGACGCCGAAACGUAAAUUGUUUUCCGAACUUCCUUUCCCAGAAAACGCGAAGAAACAGAAACUCCUGAUUUCCGAUAAUGUGGAGGACAUUUCAACGCUGGACGGGAUUGACGAUGAAAUUCAGUCAGUUAAAAUAAAGGUUUUAGGAGAGUUGUUUACUUACGGAAGUGAACUUUCCGAAACCGUAAGUUCAACUGUUACUACACAUGAUUCUGGAAAAAAUUCAGCUCAUUCCAAAUCUUCAAAUUUAGUUUUAUCUGAAGAAACAGAAGCGAUGGCUGCAAUCGAUGAUUCAAAGCAAUCCUCAAAGGAUUCCGAUAAAGAGGCAGCUGAGACAAAAAUUCUCCCUCAAAUUGCAAGCUGUCUUGACAAGGUUACGGAAGCUAGCACAAUAUCAGAUAAACCUAUAAACAAAACAGACACUAUCGAAACUAGCUGUGAUUCUGAGCAGUUGGCCCCAAAUAACUCAAACGUCAAUAAAAUUGGGGAGGAAGACUCGAACCGAACGAAACAGUUAGUAACGCCAGCAAAAAUUUCCAAUGGCGUGCUAUGCCCUCUAGUAGCCGUUGAAUUUUCUAAGGGUCGUCAAGAAAAUCCACACCAAAAACUCAAAUCCACCCAAGAGGAAAUAAACGAUACUCAGCGACAAGUUGAAUCGGGUGCCAAUAUUAAAUCGCCUGAAAAAGAAAUUAAUACGAUAUCUAAAAGUCUAAAUACAGCUCUGAAUCAAAGCUCUUCAAAUAAAAUUGCCAACGCUAUGGAUAUAAUGGAGAACAUGCCGAAUGAGCCGAGUAUCGCCCCAGAAGUCCGCCGAAAGCUGUUUGAUGGUGAAGAAAAGCUUGACGAAGAUGUAGCCAACAAAGCUGAGGAAACCGUGAACGAAAUUUCACAGUCCCCACUUACUCGCUCAAAUGUCGAGACCAGACGAUCAGAUCCAGCGGUGGUCAGUGAUGUAUCACAGCCGAAAGAGUUACUUCCUUCUGCUAUUUCAUCUGCAUCGGACGCUAGUGAAGUUAUCGAACUUAAUAGGAAUGAAGGUCAGAGUUUUAUGGAAGCCGUUAAAAUGCUGAGCAAGUAUUGCAAAGCUGGAGCUACAAUUAACAACGUAUCCAAAGGUCAGGAAGGUCCGCUCGAAGGAGUCCUUUAUGAUUUGAAUGACUAUGAUGGCUGGCCUAAGAGUAUCCGCAACAACAUUUAUCCUCCUGGUUUCCCUUCGUACUAUCUACGUAGGAAAGUAAAGGAAAAAUAUACAAAACCUAUAAAAUGGAAAUGGCUAUACACGAAAAUAAAAUGUAAUGCAUACAUAAGGAAUUUGAACCAUACGCCCAUAAUGCACAUCCUUUCCACGGGACAAGCCCAUCUUAUGUACGGUCCAAGAAAAAAGGUCACAACUAAGAAGCCGAGGCUAUGCACAAAAACUACGAAUAAUAUGCGAAGCCAUGACAAAGCUCUGACUAAUUAUUGUUCCAACCAGAUCAAUGGAUUUCCAACAACACACAAGCCUACCGCGAGUUUCAAAUCAAACUCGCCGCUCGAAAACGAACUUCGGGCUUGUCAAAUCCCACCCCUAGAAUCAAUGUUGCCAAAUAAUUUUCUGGAAACUUCUUCAGAAAAUUUACCGGUCACAGACAUUUGUAUUCCGAAGAAGAUACCGUUUCAUGAUCAUGCAUCACUGUACGAAUCCACCGACGGUAUUUCAUCACUUCAUGAUGUGCCGCUCCGAAACCAACUUGCCUCAAAUUUUAAUGUUCCCUUACGGACAACAUCCAAAUGCUUCCCGCUCCAUAAUAUGCUUUUGAGUAGUCAUCCUACAUCCAAAAAAAUGAUUCGAAGUUACGAAGAAUUAGCCGUCCCCGGACCAUCAUCUACCCCACCAGCUCCUACAGAAAUAUUAGGUGUUUCAGAGCCGUUGUUCCGGCACGCAGUUAUCGUAGCGUUGCAGGAGUUAAAUUUUAACGGCAUUUCGAUGGUGGAUGAAAGCGGCCGAAAACUAAGAUCUUCUCCAUGGAUAAAAACAGAAGUCUUAGGGGAAGGAGCCGGUUCCUGCUCUUCAAACAAAAGUUCAAAUUUUUUUGAAGAAUUGAUAUGUGACCACUUGCUGUUUCCCGGUGAAAAUGUUCUCCUCGAGGGUCGUUAUUGCCACGAUUUAGCUGUGCACCGACUUCAACGAAAAGAUUCGACUUUGAAAAAGCUUGCGAAAUGCACCUACGCGCGUCGGAACUUGAAUUCGCCCACGUUUGUUAGGAACCAAUUUUAUGAAGAGCGAGGCUGCCUGUUGAUAAUCAAAGCCUGGGCCAAAGAAGACGAUAAACCAGAGUUGGUGGAAGCAAUCGUCACGUAUUCUGCACGAGUGAAAAAGGGAACUCGAACCUUUACUCUAAAUGAUGAAGAGGAAAAUUCGAUAUUCACAGUGCCCUGCUCCGGGGCCUUCUCUGUGGACCUGAUGGGCCACGCAGUCCACGUCCUGCAGGGCCCCCUGGCGGAGGUGGCCGCGGCCAACGCCAUCGCCGGCCGGUCCAUCGCACGGCUCUUCCUGAACCUCUGGGCCACCGCCCGGGACAACCAGGGCAGGUCAACGAUCGUAUCGUCGCCCUUCAGUCCUCUGGAGCCACACUUCCGAGUCUUGGGCGCUCGUCUGGCUGCGGAAGAAGCGCUGAUGCUGGCCGAGCGUCUGGGCCACUUCCACGCACACACUGCCAUGUUUAUGCUCGGACAACCCAAGGAAAUACAUCAAAUUUUUCCUGGGGUUCUCUUUACAUUAGAAGAAACCUCCAGAAAACUCAUUCUGGAAGCAAUGGAAACUAUUUCUAGAAUAGAAAAAUACUUCAACGCAGAACGUCUCAGAGAAGGCACCGUGGCUCACUACGUCUAUUACAAUUUCUACCUCAACGCUACGGUCGACGGCUACGGCAAGCUCAUGCGACUUCCUGAUAACGACGAAAUGUUUUGCUCUUUCAUCAUCGGCAGAAUUACCUUGGAUAACUUAGUAACUUACACUACGAAGCGCUACGUGUUAGAUGUCAAGAUCCUGAACCUGUCGGGGAUGCACGUUGGGUUCAGUUUCGUGGACCUGCUGAGUGCGAUUGUCUUCUGCACUCACGCGACGUUUCAGCCGCGCCUGCUCACGGAGAUGCUGGUGCGCUACACCGUCGCAUUCACCAACACAUACGCUGCCUAUGACGUCGCAGUCAAGUUGUCAAUCAACAAGUUACUGCGGCUGUUGGAUGACGCCGUCGAGUUUCUGAUCCUGGAAAUCCUAGCGCAUCCUGAUCGCUUCCUGCCGCCCUGCAGCUCUCCUGACGACCUCAUGGGCGUCGUCCAAGACGUGCUCCUCGUCAGCAGAAAACCUGCGUUGCGUCGUCUUAGGCUGACGUGAUGGUGACGUGG